AUGUCGAAACAACUAAUCUACGAACCUGGCAACAAGGUUAGGCACCUUGUAGGUGCCGGGCUUGAACCUCCCAUACGCAACAAUAGUAUGGACGUUGUUUACAAAUGGAAGCCAAAGAAGAUUUUGUUAAUGAUAUCUCCUUUCAAUACAAACGUGCAGAACGUAGUGGAAGACCUCGUAAGCUUCAUUAAGGAACAAUUGCACUCCAAGGUUGUUAUCUACGACAAGUUUGUGAAAACUGAAACCUCAGAAACGGACCAGCUCUGGGGAGAGGUACAGGAAAUAUACAAGGGUGAAGUGGUCACAAAGUUUAAGGAUGAUCCAGACCAGCUACUGGAUAUUCAAAAUGUUGAUCUCAUAAUAACACUCGGAGGUGAUGGAACAAUAUUGAGAGUUAAUAAAAUGUUCCCAGAGGAUAUCCCGCCUGUGAUUGGACUCUCUCUAGGAUCAUUGGGGUACCUGGCAAAGUUUAAUCUGAACAUGGCCAAGGAAACUUUGUCUAGCAUAGAAACAAGAGGAUUUAAGAUAUCCAUGCGAUCGCAACUGCAAAUUACAAUUAUAGACGAGAAAGGAGAACCUAUAAUACACAGAAACGCAUUAAAUGAGUGUGUAAUUGACAGAGGUUUAUCACCAUACAUUACUACUCUUGACGUGUACUAUGAUGGGAAAUAUUUUACAACAGUGUCCGGUGAUGGACUUAUGCUUGGAACCCCGAGCGGGUCAACUGCGUACUCCAUGUCUGCUGGAGGAUCAAUUGUUCAUCCAGACGUUCCUGCUAUGCUUUUUACUGUAAUUUGUCCGCAUUCUAUUUCGUAUAGACCUCUUGUUUUUCCUUGUUCCGCCAAGAUUGAGGUUGUAAUUCCCCCGGACAAUAGAGGUUACGUCCGCGUUUGCGUUGAUGGAAACUACAGUUGCAAUGUACGGCAUGGAAGCUCUAUACGUAUAACAUCAUCGCAUACGUACUUUCCUCUAGUGUUACCGAAAGACACAGAAACCACCAAUGAAUGGUGCAGAUCACUUAAAGACCAUUUGCAUUGGAAUGUUAGGAUAAGACAGCAGAAACUGCACAUUCCUCCGGACACAAAGGCAGAAAUUGAAGAAUGUAAAAACAUCUAG